CGGUCCGAUCCGGUCCGGUUGCGCUCGGCCCGGUCCGGUCCGAAGCAUCCCGGCGCCGCCGCCCUCGCGCUGCCCCGCGCCCGCCCCGCGCGUGCCCGGCCCGGCCCGGCCGUUAGGGCACCGCCGCCGCUUGGCUGUGAGGCGGCGGGAGCGAGCGCGGGCGGCGGCGGCGGGCGGGGGGCUCGGUGCAGGGAACAGCCGCGGCCUCCUCGCCUCAGCCGCGGGGAGGAGGGACACCGAGCAGCGGGGAAGGCGGGGUGGGGGGGACGAGCACAGCGACGCGUCGCGCCGCUCGCUUCCCUCUAGGACCGCGCGGCGGGAGGAAGGGGCGCGUCUCCCCGGAGCCUUCGUCGCCCCGCGCCCUCUCUUCCCAGGCCCGGUGCCGGAGGGGGUGGGGGUGGGCGCCCCGCGGGUCCCCUCAGGCUCGGCGGUGCCCGGGGCGGGUGUUGGUGACUUCAGUCAUUUAGGGGUUUAGUUCUGAGGAAGCCGAGACACAAGAAUUGAGUUUCUUUUACAUAGAAAGCUACAGCUCUUCACCAAUAUUCUUUUUACUCCUUCCCGUCCUUCCCUGCUCCUAAGGGACAACAAUUUGGGAAUUAUUUUAAACAUUAAUUUACUCCCCCUUCCCCCCUCCCUCAGAAAUCCACCCUGGUCCCAGAGGCAUCCGCUAGACAGUGCCUGACGGACCAGGAGAACGUUAUCAUUGCUUGCUUGCUUUGGGAGCUUCAGCAGUGCCCUUCCCUCCUUUGGGGUGUAGUGCAGGGAGGCACCCAGCAGACUUCGGAGCCACCCUUUUUGGUUAGGAGAGGAUCCAGAAAAAGGGGUACCUAGCAAGGCACGUGACCUCCUUAAGGGAGCCUGAACUGAAGCGGCACUUGGCACGCUGAAGGAAACACCCAUCUUUAGUGUCUUUUUCGUCUUCCACUCCUUCCUCACCAAAUUUCUGUUCCAUUGGAAGGAGACCUUGAAGGUUGCAAGACAAGUCCAAGAUGUGCAGUUCAGUUGCUCCCAGGCUGUGGUUCCUAACAGACCGUCGCAUCAGAGAAGAUUACCCUCAGCAGGAGAUCCUGAGAGCACUGAAGGCCAAGUGCUGUGAGGAGGAGCUGGAUUUCCGGGCCUUGGUGAUGGAUGAAGUGGUGCUGACCAUUGAGGAUGGAAAUCUUGGUCUUCGGGUGAAAGGGGAGCUCAUCACUGCUUACCCACAGGUGGUGGUUGUGCGUGUGCCAACACCUUGGGUCCAGAGUGACAGCGACAUCACAGUCCUUCGCCACCUAGAGAAGAUGGGCUGUCGGUUGAUGAAUCGUCCUCAAGCCAUCCUCAACUGUGUCAACAAGUUCUGGACGUUUCAAGAACUUGCUGGCCAUGGUGUGCCUCUUCCAGACACUUUUUCUUAUGGUGGUCAUGAGAAUUUUUCCAAAAUGAUUGAUGAGGCGGAAGUGCUGGAGUUCCCUAUGGUGGUGAAGAACACGCGGGGUCAUCGAGGUAAAGCUGUGUUCCUGGCACGAGACAAGCACCAUUUGGCAGACCUAAGCCAUUUGAUCCGUCACGAUGCCCCUUACUUGUUUCAAAAAUAUGUUAAGGAGUCCCAUGGCAAGGAUGUGCGCGUCAUCGUAGUGGGAGGCCGUGUGGUGGGCACCAUGCUCCGCUGCUCGACAGAUGGGAGGAUGCAGAGUAACUGCUCACUUGGUGGUGUAGGAAUGAUGUGCUCGCUGAGUGAACAAGGCAAGCAGUUGGCAGUCCAAGUGUCAAACAUCCUGGGGAUGGAUGUGUGCGGCAUUGACCUGCUGAUGAAGGACGACGGCUCAUUCUACGUCUGCGAGGCCAAUGCAAAUGUAGGUUUCAUUGCCUUUGACAAGGCCUGUAAUUUAGAUGUAGCUGGUAUCAUAGCGGACUAUGCCGCUUCCCUGCUGGCCCCCGGCCGCUUGACGCGGCGCAUGUCCUUGCUCUCCGUGGUGUCCACGGCCAGCGAGACUAGCGAGCCAGAGCUGGGCCCUCCAGCUGGGGCCGCUGUCGACAACAUGAGUGCUAGCUCCAGCUCUGUCGACAGCGACCCUGAGACCACGGAGAGAGAGUUGCUCACCAAGCUCCCGGGGGCUCUCUUCAACAUGAACCAGCUAUUAGCCAAUGAGAUCAAGCUCCUUGUGGAGUGAUGCCAUGUGUAAAUAGGUGACCAACAGAACUCUCUCUUGUAAAUUUUUUUUUUAAACCAACUUGCAAUGCUGUUUAUCAGAGACGCUCAGAGGAAUGAGGAAAGGGGGGUGGGUGUGUCAGUGAAGAAAACAAAAGUAAAAGGCACACGUGCUGUGAUUGCUGUCCCUGCUCAUUUGCGGAACAUUAAAUUGUCUUCAUCAGUUUUACAGUGGAGAUGCUCAGUUCGUAACCAAGCGGCAGUUUUAUUUGGAUGCUGCUUUGGUCCCCAGAUAUAUUGCAGUUCAUGUGUCUUCACAGGCAAGCAUUGAAGCGUGAUUCACACUUGAAGAUUUUCAGAAAGUUGUCUGGCAGCUCUCUAGAAACUUCUGUGAAUUACUGCACCAGUUAAGUCUCUUCUACCUCUGUAAGGCUUGAUCCUGUAAAUUGCUGAGUGCCUCAAAUUCUUUAUGUGAGUUGAAGGUGUUAAAUACCAAGUAUUUCAAAAUUCCUGGGCACAUACUGUUCCUGCUCUUGUAGACGGGAGCUGUAAGUUCAGGAUCCUUUUAAAGUCAUCACUUUCUGACCUUGCAGGAUACAGCCUUUCAAAUGAUGAGGCUGAGUGAAGUGUCAGUUGACUUAAUGUGAACUUUCUGUAAAAAUCUGUAAAUUGUACCAUCUUGGUAUUAAGUGGCAGCUUUAUAAAUUUCUUUAUAAAGUUUUUAAAGGAGGAUACUUCUGUUUUUCUCAUUUCAAAUCCUGAUUUUGGAAGGUAUAUAGGGGAAUUGGUCAUACUAUCUUUGUGGGCAGAAGUGGCACGUUUUUAACUAUUUUUGCAUGGUUGGAGGAGAUAAACAGCACUGUAAUGUUUGGUAUACAAAAUGAUGUUUAAUCUAAUGUGAAAAAGAAUUACACUAGUUUAAAGCAAACGUGCAUCGACUUGUAUUUGUUAGUGUUUUAGUCUUUCUGAGAGAGAUCUGCAAUGUUAAUGUUCCUUUUUCUUUAAUACAUGCUAGUCGAACACUCCCUUCUCUAUGCCUGCAUCUUUAACAGUGGCCAAAGUGAAAACACCGCAGACUGUUUAAGAAAACACUGAGUUAUAACCUGUACAUUGGUGAGGGGGUUGUUUGUUUUUACUUUUUGCCUUUUUUUUGGAGGGAGGAAUGUGGUAAGGUGUGGAGGAGGGAAGAGCUGGUUAAAAGUGAUUAGUCAUCCAGAGGAACUUUAGAAUAAAGCAACAGUUCAUACAAUA